CAGUACCUUUCCCAUCACUGCAAAUUGGCAAUGAAACCGACAGUCCUUCAGUCUCGCUCUCCGGUUUUUGGUCUUCGGUCUCCGGCUUUGGGUUCCGGGCUCCGUACUCCAUUUCCAUUUUCCGUUCUCCGGCUAAGGCGUCGCGUGUACGUCUCUCUGACAUUGCAAGGGCCGGAAGGUCUCGCUGGUCUGUCUGUAAAAUCAAGAGAUGUGUGCGAACGGGUGUUGUGAGUGAUUUUUAAAUACAUUCUGUUGCUUCGAAUAAACAGCUCCUGGCGUCAUUGGUUUUGUGGCACUUAAACUGAGCCGAAGGACGAACACGUAGUAUCCGGCGUGGGGAUACAAUUGCCACCAACUGCACCUCCGAUUGAAUUCCGCGAAAAACAAACAAUGGAUAGGACAUCAUAGUGAAUGCAUGAGGGCCGGAGAUCGGUUAGCACCCAUGUCAAGCCAUGCAGCAGACCCUCUCGUACUCAUCAUCAUCGCCAUCCCCCUCCCCGAUGCCCAUGCCCAUGCCCAUGCCAUCAGCAUCCGCAGCAGCACCACCGAUCCAGAAUCCGAAUCCGACACCGAACCUAAACCAAAAUCCGAAUCCGAAGCCGAGUCCUCGUCCCAGAUCCACAGGCGGCGAUUCCAGUUUCCAGCCGUCCAUCAUCCCGGUGGACUACAGCUAUCGCACCCACACCGCCCGCUCCCUCCUCUCCGCCCAAUCGAUGGCUCCGUCCACGUUCGCCUUUAACCAGAGCUUCGUGCGCCAGCCCUCGGAGUCGGAUGCCCAGCCGUAUAGCAGCCUGUUUGGGGAUCCUGUGCCGCCGCCCCUCCAGCCGGAUGAUUACUUUGGAACGGCGGCCUUUGAGACGCUGCGAACGGCAUCGGUGGAACUGCCCAGCUCCGAGGAGGAUGCCCUGGUGGCCGCUGUGGCCCUUAAUGCCCUGAUACCUGGGGCCAGGGAGCGGAUCUUCCCGAGUGUGCCCUACUCGAGGACUCCGCGAGGAUCCCUCCUGCCGUACCUCCAGCCGCCCGACAUCCAGAUCCUGCCCAACUCGAGUGGUGGUUCGAGCUCGGAGCAGCUGGGCUCUCCCAAUUAUCGACUCCUGGCGCCCGAUGACAUACUCAACAAGCCGGACAUGUACGAUUUGGAGAACGAAGUCGAGGAGUACAGCGUGGUGGGUCAGAGGAUGUCCUUCGACGAUGAGGAGGAUGAGCCUGCAAGGACUCCCAGCCAAGCGCCAGCCAAGUUGAGUGUGUCGAGCAUCACAACCGAGGAUCACAGAGGUUUGCUGGGUGACUCCUAUUCGGGCAGGGAUUGGUUUCGACCGGCGCCGCAGCACUUUCCGGAGUUCACGCGCAUCCCUCGACUGCGGCCCAGCUCCAAGAUGGUCAUGUCGAUGAAACAGGACGAGGGACCGCUCUCGCCGCUGGCCACCAUGAUCCAGGACAUGAACAGCUCCAGCAGCGGCGGCGAGGAGCGUGUGGCGUCCAACGAGAAGGUGUCGUUUCCCGGCGACGUUGUUCUCUCACCGAAACAAUAUCUGGAGGAGCAGUUGCGCCUGGAAACGGGCAGUCAGAGGCAUCUGCUGGAGGACUAUGGAAGGCCACCGCCCCCGGCUGCCCCGCCCCCUUUCCAAAGGACCCUCUCCAUGGAGCAGGUGGACAACCAGAGUGUGGAACCAUCUUCCAGUUUGAAGCGGGAAAUGUCACCCAUCAUCAUCAGGGAUUGCAUACCCAUGGGGGGAGAUUAUAGAGUGGACCAGCCACGACCACACAAGAAGACUGCUUUCACCAUCCUCUCCACGGGCCAGGCGGCUCCAUCUGCUCCACGGACGCCGCAGCCAGCGCCCACCAGCCGGAGACACGCCUCCAUCCAGUCGACAUCGACGACUACCUCAUCACCGGCCGCCAGGCCGCAGAUCAGUCCCCGCCGGAGAUCGAUCUUCGGCUCAGAUCCCCGGCUGCCCGAGUUGCCCUCAUCGCUGGGCUACGCCGGCCACCAUGUCCAGCAGACCACGGAUGACUCGCCACGUCCCUCGGUGCAGUUCAACAUGAGUGGACGGCACAGUCGCAGCAAGCUGGCCACGCCGCAGAAGGGCAUCCUCCAGCAGCGGGACUCGCUGACCUCCUCCAUCGACACCUUCACUCCCAGGGCGCAAAUAAGAAGGGGAUCCAUGGGCAGGAGUCCCACUCACAGCCUGCCCUAUGGCCAGAAGAUCAAGAGCAUGGAAGCGCUCCCGCUGAUAACGGAUCCCCAUCGCAGUGCCAUUCCCCGCCUGCACUACGGAUCCACCAUGGAACUGGGAGGACGGGAGCCGGCUGUCUUUCCGCCUGGUGCACUGCCGCGACCACUGAAGCCAAAUCUGAAUCCCACGCGAAGCCAGCGCGGUCUCCUGAAGAUCAUCAACAAGGAGGAGGCGCUCGCCCACAUCCCACCACGCUCCAAUUGGUGCAGCUUGGAUGACCUGAGCCGGCCCUCCUUCGAUGGGACCGCCAACCAGGCGAGACGACGCUCCAGCUCCACGUCGCCGGAACGUCGCAGUUCCACGCAAACGGCCUCGGAUCGACGCAGCUCCAAUCUCAGUAGUGUCACCGCCACCACCUCGGACUUCAGUUUCCGCCGACCCACGCUCUCCACACUGCCAGCAGCCCAAACUCUGUCCAGGAUGCGCCGCAAAUCGGUGCAGGCUCUGAGUCCGAACAGGAUUCCCAACAGGAUUCCCAGCUUCAGCCAGCGCAGGCAAUCCAUCUAUCAGAGGGAUCGGGAUCGGGAUCUCAAGCCACUGAGCAGACACGCGAAGGUGGCCAAACCCAGCACGUUAUCGCCCAUCAUUGGAACUCCGAACAAAGACAGCAGCUCAGCGCAUAGUCCCACCCACAGAUCCUCGCUGAUGGGCGAUGGCGCCGAUACCCAGUCGGAGGUGUCCACGCGACGGGACUCUCUGUCCCGCAUCCCAGUGCGCAAGAGUCCCGAAUCCCGCUCCAGUUCGCCACUCAAGGAUUUGGGAAUCACUGCCUCCGGACGAAGCUCCCGGGCUAGCGUAAGUCGGUCUCCAUCGAGAGCCAUGAAUACCAGCAGUCGUUCUCCUUCGAGAUCGAUGCAUCCCAGCAGAACGCCAUCGAGGGAGAGUGGAAGACCCGGGGAUUCGCGAUCCGCAUCCAGGGGUCCAGCCUCUAGGCCAGGUUCUCGUUUGGAUCAGGUCUCCUCGCGCUUGGAGGUGUUCAACUCCCGUUUGGAGAGGUCCAACUCGCGUUCGGAGAGGUCUAACUCCCGUUUGGAGAGGUCCAAUUCCCGUUUGGACAUGUCCAAUUCGCGGGGAAACUCACGGGCCAACUCCCGACUCAGCAUCAACUCCUCCUCAAUGCGGUCGUCCAGUAUUUCACCCGCCACCAUGGCCAGGAAUAGGAGCAUGCGAGCCACUACGCCCAGUCGCCGGAAGUCCAUCUCCUUGAGUCCAGCCAGUGCGAUGAUGGGUCGCCGGAAAUCGAUCAGUCCCGGUGCCUUAAGCCAAAGCAGAAGAGUUUCCAGCCGGGGAAAGCCGGAGCCUCCAGAGAUUCUAUCCCGCCGGAACUCCCGCUCGCGUAUUCCCACCAGAUCGACCAAAGCUGCGACCAAAUCCCCGCCGCCUUCGUCCAAGAAGAGAUCGAAAUCGCCGGAUAAAUCCAAAGCCAUGGGAUCGACGCCCAAGAGUAGCAAGGCUGGAAAAGUGGCGGCCACUAAAGGAAGCCCCAAGGCGAAGCCCAAGAUCCCUGCAAGUGCCAAACCAAAGACCAAGACGGAAACCUCGAUAAAACCACCAGCGAAGCCUCCAAAGAAAACUCCGACUGGAGGGAAACCAUCCACAGAAGAAAAGAAGAUAACUGGCAAGGGAAUUCCAAAGAAGGAUACAAAAAUGGAGAAGGGAAAGGAGACGGGAAAAACUGUUGGAGCCAAGAGCAAUGGCAAAGAGCCAGUGCCUCCAGUGCGGACCAAAUCUCAGGUGACCAAGGGCAAACCCUCAGGAGGAACCACAACGGAGACCAAAAAACCUGCGACCACAAAUGCCCAUGGAAUCACACUGGAAAAGGGAGGCAAUGGCUCUGAAUCCGCAGGUGGUAUUCCCCCACUGGCUGCCCAAGUGGGCAAUGCAGUGCUCCAGGCGGUGGAAGCUGUUCCUGCGGUGACCAGUGAGGUCACCGUACCCUCAACGCCGGGGGGAAAGGGUUCCGGAGGAGGCAACAUGUCCAAAUUGGUGCGAAUGAGCUCCAGGAUGAGCCUGCUGAGCAACAAGAGCAACAAGAACCGAUCGGAUUCCCCUCAAAACCGAAAGGUGGCCACAGUGAAGGAACACGCCAAUGAAAUCGAAGAAACAGUGGGACCCACAACCACCUCACAACCCAUGUCCAAUGAUGCGGCUGCCAUUCUGGAAAAGUCGCAGAAAACGCUGGAGAAUAUUCAGAAGACCGUCACCGAGGCCACCGACGAAAUCCACAAGACCAUCAGCGAAAAUCUCACCGAUCUGAAGACCCUGGAGAACGACCUCGCCGCAGAUCCCUCGCCCACGCCCAGUUCCGGCACCACAAUGGCCAGACCGGGUGAAUCCGCCUCUCGAACGGGAACCGCCGAUGGCAGCAUUGCUCCCCAGAGUUCAGGGGAACUGUCCAAGUCUCCGUUUCCCCCCACGCAACCCAUCGAAGCCUCCGUCUCCGUUUUACAUCCCAAUGAAAGCUCCGCCGAACGAAUCGCCAGUGUACCAGAGGUGGAGUGUGAGAGCUCCGACCUUCCAACGGUGCUGGACGCUUCCGGGUCGGAUCUGGGUGCCAAUGUAAUGCCCACGCCCGAGAGUGGAGCGGACUUCAAGGUGGACGCGAAACGAAGAUCGCCAGAUGGACAGGGAGGAUCUGCAGCGGGGAGCGGGGGUCUGGCAAAAAGCAGCAGUCAGGAGUUCCUCGAGGACAAGGAUAAUGCCAAAAAGGGGGGUCUGUGCGGAUGCUGCUCCAAGCUGUUCAUGCCCUGCCGCCGCUCCCGCUGCUCCCGUUGCUGCCGGCGCCGUGAGAGGAACCAGUCCGCCGAGGAUCAGCCCGUCCUGUGGAGCGGCAACAGCAGUGCCACCACGACCACCAAUGUCCAAGUGAUUGAUGAGACCAAGCCGAAGCGCAAGAAGGCCACCGACUGGCUGAAGUCCAGCUGCUGCCGCAGCUGUCGCAAGAAACCCGCCUCCGUGGAGGAUCCUGUCCAGGAGGAGGUGCCGCACCGGGCCAAGCAGGAGGCCACCAUGAGCACGGGACCAAGGCCACGGGGCAAGUGCGGCCUCUGCCUGAGCAAGGUGUUCUGCUGCCGCUCGGUCAACAAGGUGGACCCCACCACGGGUGACGAGACGGAGCUGAAGAAGUGCUGCUUCUGCAUACCCUGUCGUCGGGGAAACCGCCCCAACAAAAAGGGCAGCACCGUGUCCUGGCGCGAUCAGGAUCCUGAGCUGGGCAUCAAGCCCACCGAGUCCUCGGUCGUGGAAGGCACCUCCGAGGAGGCCAUGUCAGCGACAGCGGAUGCUGGGGAAAACCAAGUUAAACAGGGAUGCUGCAAGCGUUUCUGGCUGAUGUUGCUUUGCUGUCGCAAAAAGAAGCGUCGCGAGUCCAAUGCGCGGAGGCAGAGCAUCAAGGCGCCGCCACCCAGCGAAGACACGCGUAAAAAGCUCCACGUGGACCUGGUGGAGUAUGCCUCCAAGAUGAAGGGAGCUAUUCCAGUGCUGCCGCUGUACUUGGCCUGGUUCUGCGCCUUCUGCAACGUGGUCUUUCCAGGUCUAGGAACCCUGCUCUCGGGACUCUUUUGCCUGUGCGUGGGCAUUCCGCGCUUCUCGCAAUUCGACAGUGCCCGUGCCAGGAUUGGAUCCUUCAUCAUCAACAUCAUUGUGGCCGUAUCCCAGUUCUUCUGCGUGCUCUUCUGCUUCGUGGGAUGGGGCUGGUCCAUCUGGUGGGGCACCAUAAUGCUGAGAUGUGCAAAGAAACUGAGCAAGAUCAAAAAGGUGGAGCGCCUGGAGCUGGAGGAGGAGCAGCGCCAGGCGCAGCUGGCGGAGGCAGCGAGGAACGGCGACGCCGAGGUGGCCAAGACAUAGUCCUCCGAUCCCGGCUUUAACUAAGUGGCUUUUUAUACCAUUGUGUACAUACUUUUGUACAAAACAUGUAGAUUCCACACAGACAUGCACUUCCACAUGAACUUCCAGGUUAAGCGAAAUGGAACAGAACUUCCUUUAAACAUCAAAUACAUGAAUGUAUAUGUAUUAAAAUCAUUAAACUUCCACUAAAUGAUUUA